AUGAGCCGUUUGCUGAUAACAUUCGUUGCGUGGAUCUGCGCCUUUGUCACUGCUGGUUGUCUACUUUUCUUGGCUAUAAUUCUUCAUGAUAUCAAUUCCAUCUACGACGGCGUCAUUCGGGAUGUGCAGGAGUUUCAGGCCCGUUUGCUUAUUUCUUACCCAGAAUUUGCAAACACAGCCUGGAAUGUAAUGAUGGAUAGCAUGCAACAUUCGCACAUGGUCAAGCGGGACACCAAGAGUAAAGCAGUCAGGCGACUGCGAGCAGUGUUUGUGACGGUGGGCGAAGAAUGUCCACCUGGGCCGACAGGACCGCCAGGUGUACAGGGAUCGGCAGGUGACCCAGGUGAAGACGGUCAGAAAGGAUUUCCUGGACCUCCAUCAAGUGUUUCUUCCUGUCCGUUUUGGAAACCAUCUAAUUGUGUACAGUGUCCCAUCGGUCCCAAAGGACCACACGGGACUACUGGACCACGAGGACGGCCGGGGACUGCUGGUCAGCGAGGGAUCCCAGGAGUUGGUGGACAACAUGGAAGGUACGGUCCUGCAGGUACACCAGGUGAUCCUGGUAUGCCUGGUCUGGACGGUGUUCCUGGAUGGGUUGGUAUGCCGGGCGCUAACGCCUAUCACGGUCGAGGAAAACGCGGUCCACCGGGUAUGCAAGGAAAUGAAGGACCGUUCGGUGGUGAAGGAGCACCAGGCAUAAGUGGAUUUCCUGGUGCAGCUGGGCCAUACGGAGCUCAAGGCGAGAUCGGGCGCAUGGGAGAACAAGGUACUGAAGGAGUUAGAGGUCCCCCUGGUCCGCUUGGCAACACAGGCCCGGACGGAGUGUAUUGCCGAUGCCCACCGAGGACGCCGUACGAAAAAGCUUUACGCGUAAAUCGUUUUGUUCUUGGCUUUGAUGACAUGACUUUCAAAAAACAUGUUCGAUAA